GUAUAUACACGUACAUACGUAUGUACGUGUAUAUACGUAUGUACGUGUACCCAACUAUUCUCAUCUGUUCCAGAUCACAACAAACACAGGAAGUGAGUACCUCCUCCAGACUGACAGCUACUCCACUGCCAUUAAAUGGUACGAUGCUAUCAGGAAGACCGUUGACUCUUCUACUAAACUUCCUCCGCGGAGAUCAAACAGCACAGAGUACCUGCCCAGACACGGCUCUCUACCUGGAUAUGGCUCCGCCUCCCCCAACGCCAAGCAACGCAACCCAGUCCACAGACGCUCCAUCAAUAUGUUCAGCAGCUCCAAGCUGAAACACAGCACCUCCGACAGCGCUGACAAGAACGGAGUGAAGAACAGACUGAAGAAGUUCAUCACCAGACGUCCGUCCAUGAAGACUCUGAAGGAAAAAGGCCUCAUCAAAGAUCGAGUUUUCGGCUGCCAUCUGUUGACUCUCUGUGAACGUGAAGGAACCACGGUGCCAAGGUUUGUUCAGAUCUGUCUGGAUGCUGUUGACAAGCGAGGUCUAGAUGCUGACGGGAUCUACAGAGUUAGUGGAAAUCUGGCAACAAUCCAGAAACUUCGCUUUAUUGUCGAUGAGGAGGAGGACCUAGACCUGGACCAAAGUCAGUGGGAGGACAUCCACGUCGUCACCGGGGCCCUCAAGAUGUUUUUCCGGGAGCUGCCCGAGCCACUUUUCCCCUUCAGGUUCUUCCAGCUGUUUGUGGAGGCUGUCAAGAUUAAAGAAUCCAAACUCAAAGUUCAGGCUGUGAAGAAACUGAUCCAGGAACUGCCCAAACCCAACAAGGACACCAUGAAGUUGCUCUUCAGCCACCUGCACAGAGUUCUAGACUUUUCCAGGAAGAACCUGAUGUCAACUCAGGGCAUCGGCAUCGUGUUUGGCCCAACACUGAUGUGGCCUGAGCUGGACGCAGGAAACAUGGCAGUCAACAUGGUCUAUCAGAACCAAAUUGUGGAGUUCAUCCUCAUUGAGAGCCAAGAAAUCUUCAACCUAGACAGGAAGUAAAGUGCCCUGAAGUGGACCUGAUCAUCUAAUGGACUCACAUUCAAACAUCAAAGCUGGAAAUAACCACAUUUCUUCAAAAUAUUAUUGUUUUAACAGAAAACAGAGGCAGAGCCUGGUUUUGACUGGACUGUAAACAAUAAACAGAUGAUUUCUGAUGAGAAGAAAAGUUUGAAAAACAUACUUUUUUAAUUAACACAAACACAUCAAUAAUAUUUUUUAUGUUUGAAAAGUGAUGAAAAUAUUUUUCUGCGCAACCGAUCAACAAAUGGCGCACAGCCUACCAUGUUACCGCUGCUACUGAGUUUAUUUCAAUGCAGACAACCAUAAACGGACGAGCCCCCAUAUGUCACAGCCCUGCUCAGAGACUGAGACAAAACAGGGAGACAAUGAGCUGGCGGCCAAAAGUAGUCAUUUAUUUGUCUCGCCAAAAGUUAACAGCACUUUUACAAAUAAAGCAGCAAUUGUGGUGAGCCCGUCAACACAGGUCUUCCUUCCAGCCCCCCUGCACCUGCCAAAUGGAAAGGGUAUUUAAGGAUGAGCCACACCGGCACAGGUGUGACUCAUCCUGCUGACGAUCCUCCACUCAGCACCUGUAACAGAUGAGACACAACCUGCACCGAACGUACGAUAGGAGGAGGGUCGUCACAACAGCAAAACAUGCAGCACAUUUUCCUGCAUCCACUCCCUACACUACUGACUUCACAGAUUCCUCUCAUCCAUUUGUGUGACUCAUUUUGACUUCCUUUUGGAUAAAUAAAUCACUAUUUGUAAAGUAUAACCGUGUGUCUCCAAUUUUGUCACAGUUUUAGAGCCGGACUGAGACUAAUGACAUCUGAUUUACAUAUUAAGAUUUUAAAAAUAUAUAGGUUGUAUGAACUGUUAACCUUGAAGCUCUACAGGUCUUCAUAAGAUGAUGCAUGAUUUUAUACUUUUACACCCUCCUGUGAAAGAAUCUUUCACUGUGAACUGUAAAAUGUUUCUAAUACUUCAUGAGAUUUGUUCACUAGUGUCAACAUUUCAAUCUUUUAUGUCACAGCCCGGCUCAGAGACUGAGACAAACAAGCUGGCUGCUAAGAAAAGCACGUUUAUUUUCUUACAAACCUAAUUUAGACAAUACAAAAGGUUGGUAUCAGUCCUGAGGUGCAUGUAUGGAUGUGUGCAGCAGUGAAUAAAAUAUAACAACCCAAAUAACAGUGUAAAUGAUUGUGGCUGACAGGAUCUCCUCUCCCAGAGAGCGAG